AUGGAUGAGAACCCAGGCCCUCACCACGAGGGUUCCCUCGGCGCCCUCUCUGCCUCGUCGACCUCGCAGCUCUUUGCCAACUUUGCGUCGUACGAGCCCAUUUCGCGAGCGACCACACCUGGCAUCCCGUGCUCCAAGUCGGACGAGGAUGACAAGAAGCGAUAUCGGCCGCGCACCUUUGCAUACUUUAAUCAGCUGCCCUUCCUUGUGGAAGAGGAGGAGCAGCGUGAUGUCGCACUGCAGGGCAUCCUCAAGCAGCUCUACAUUGCCAUCCGCGCCGAGGACUUUUCGCCCGGUGCCUUGCACUGGACAAGGGAACUCCAAGGAUGGCUCAAUCUCAAGUUUGAGAUGACGCGCGAGCUCAGGGCAAAGCUCGCCAAGCUGUAUUACUCUCUUGCCCUGGCGCCGGGCCUGGAUGCUACAGCCGCCGACCGUUUUCUACGCAUGGUUGUUACACUAACGAGAAAAAACCACUAUCUCAAGCCGGGCGAAGACUUGACACUCGACUGGAGACCGCUCUGGGAAGAAGCCAAGGCCUGGGUGCUGCCCGCCGAGGUGCCCGCCCACCAAAGCAGCCGCCGACGAUCAUCAAAGCAGCUUCUCAAACUUUGCACACAUGUCCACACAUACUUUGAUCCAAAGGAGCGCCAAGAGAUGCUGGAAGAGUUCCUCCCUUUUUUUAGUGUUCACGAGUUGCCCAACGCCUUCAUCGUCACUGGACUGCUCAACACGCUGUUGCCCAGCCACCCUGCACCUCCAUCUGCCCGAAAUGCGCAGCCCGAUGCUUUCUUCCCUACCCUCUUCCAUCUGUGGUCCAUUAUGAACCGUUCAAAGGUGGUAGACAUCUUCUUCAUUGAUAUGUUCUCGAGACUGGCACGAGACCAUUUGCAUUGCGCCCAUGUGCCCUUUGGCGAACAUGGCAUCUUCACCAAGGCGCAAUCCGAUCUCAUCUUCACAACCAUACUGCGAUUGACACAAAUCCCCGUGGGUCAGUCUAACUCGCCCUACUCACCUCUUGAUUAUCUGUCUGGGGCUGGUAUGUACUUGGAGAAGGACAAGAAAAAGUAUCCCAUCGCAUACAUGGUGGCACGCUUGAUCGUCAGUUCACUUUCGCCGGCUUGCUUGGGCGAGAAGGAUUCCGUCAUGUCUACGUUGGAGGGCUUGAUGGAGUCAAUUGACACAUUCUUUCAUCCCUCUAACCAAGGCACAUGGACAUCUCUCCUGGGCCAGUUGACGCUCUUCUUGACAGAUGCUUUUGUUUCACGUUGGAAUCGAGAGCAGAGUGGCGAGCUCGAUAUACCAGAGGAUCGCAAGAUCAAUAAGGAAUUGAAGAGGCGAUUCGUCGAAUCGCUCAAGGAAGUCACUUUCAUGGGCCUUUUCUCCAAGAGCAGCCGCGUAUCCCACUGUUACUACAACGCGCUGGAAGGGCUGGCUUAUCUGGAGCCCGAUCUUGUUCUUCCCGGUGCAUUGCAGAGAUUUUACCCCAGUCUCCAAGGCCUGGUCGAGGUGCACCGAACGACUUCGAGUCUGAACAGCUUACAGAUGAUUGCGAAUGUCAUGUCCAAGCUGAAAGGCUACCGAUGCCACAUUACUGCUCUCCUAGCUCUGUCUCUUCCCGGCAUUGAUGCCAAUGAUCUGAGCAAGACCCAGUAUACGCUCAACUUCAUACAAAGCGUUGCAUACAGUAUUCCCUUUGCGUCGAUGAUUAAGGAAGACAGUGGUGUUCACGAUACUAGUCUGGCCAUGCAGUGGGUCCAGGGUGAAAUGGACCGCAUGGAACGGGAUGGCCAGAACGUCGUUAUCGACUACAACGCGGAAUUGACAGACGAAGACGAGGCGAAUAUUUUGCGGUCAUCCACUGCAGGCUUUGGCGAAUUCGUCAUGACCCUGCUCGGCAAGGUGUUCACGCUGCUUGAGAAUCUACCUGAUGCCAACCAGGUCCGAGGUGGAACCCCGGAAGACAAUGUUAUCAACGCGCUUCCAGCUGCCCUCUCACCCUUGUUUGCAUCGCUGUCGCCAGACUUGUUCGAUAUGGCUGUUGAGAAGCUUGCCACGUUUGUCUCAAGCCAUGUUGUACAUCAGGCGCGAGAUGCCAUGGCCUGGAUUCUCAACGCACUCUGCAAGGUGAACCCUGAAAAGACGCUCAAGAUCUUCGUUCCCAUGCUCGUUGUCAACAUCCGCAAUGAGAUUGACCAGAACCAUGCUGCAUCUGACAGAACAUCAGGCACAGACUACCUGCCGCGCGAUAGAGCCCUUGUGUGGCACAUCACCAUGCUGGCCAUGGUGGUGGUGCAUGUCGGACGCGAAGUUCUGAGCCACAAGGAUGAGCUUCUUGGAAUUGCUGGAUAUAUGCAAGAAAAGUGCCGCGGCUUGCCAACUAUCCUGGUUUCCAAUUAUAUUCAUCAUCUGCUGCUGAAUCUGACACACACUUAUCCUAUUGAUCACUCCCUGUACGAGCCAGAGGUCAUCAAGAGAGGACUGGAUAUCAGUGACUGGGGCAAGACUACAGCGCCCGCUGAUCUCACCAUCAAAUGGCACCAACCGUCGCCACCUGAAAUUGCGUUCGCCGUUGAACUAUUUGCAGCCCAGACCAAGUCCAUCUCCCAGCAAUUGGCCCUCCUCCUCAGCGACAAUCCUCCUGUCAGUCGCAAAGGCAAGAACAAGGAGUGGUCUGAUGAAGUCUCACGAUUGAUGCAGCAGAUCCGCCUGGUUACGUCAGGAAUGUCCGUCAUGUUUGAUCCAAAGCGCGCAUCUGGGAAUGCGGAUGCAGAGACAGGAGAGGAUCCUGUUGUUGACGCCGAUGAGGACGAGAUGAUGGUUGACGACGAUGAUCCCCUGGCCGAGGUCGCUGAUGAUGAAGAGUUGAGACCCCAGUUCCGCUACCGCGCUGGGUACCCGCUCAAACGAGAUGACCCGGCGUAUGAGCACAUCCACGUGCUUCGCGAGGAGCUCGGCCAGCUAUUGACAAAGGCACAUGCCUUCUUGGUUGAGCACCAAGAAGACGAUGUCAACUGCUUUACCGCACUAUGCUCUGCGUACCGAACAUGGAUAACAGACGUCGGCAUUGAACGUUCUGCACACCCCCUCGAGCGUCAUCUGCGACUGUACAAGGCUGAUAUUGCUGCUUUCAAGGUCAAGGGGCUUAGAAAGGUUUAUCCUCGCCCUCUACUUAUCAAGAGAGCAGAAGCCUACUUGCUUCUUCGCAUGAAGCACAAUGCUUCUUCAAGACAAAAGAGCGAACUAGACAAGCAGCUUCUUCUCGAUCUGACACAGUCCUGCCUUUCUUCCUACGCUGAUGUUCGUCGCGUUGCACAGAGCGCUCAGGACUCGUCGCUCAAGGCCCUUGUGGGCGGCAAGCCGCUUGUAAUCCCGCCCCUUCUUCAGGGGCUCAAAAAGGCCCUCCAGGAAAACGACCACGAUCGCAUCAAGGGCGGCAUGUACUCGCUGCUCUUCACUUCGCUGCUCAAAACAUUACUGAAGGACUGGAGAUUUGCUCCAGAGGCAAUGAGACUAUAUAUCGAGACCGCGGGCAUCGACAAGCCGUCCAUUCAGACACUGGGUUCUUCGGCACUUUAUUCUUUAAUUGAAUUUGGCAAGCCAUUCGAGCGAGCAAUCAUUGUGGACAACGAGGUCGUCGACACUAUCUGUCCCAGUGAAGAUUCGACAACCGCUAUCGACUCGCGACACCAAUUCAUCCUUCAACGACACGCACAUUGGAAGGUCGCAACCAGAUGCGCCAUCUUUGCGGCUAACUUGUGUCUUCGCUUCGACACGAUUGCACCAGCUGAAUUCAUCGCACUAGUGGCGAACGGCACAAACGAUCCUCAUCCGGGACUCAGGGGCUACUAUCUGAAUGCCUUCACGUCCAUCUUCACCGCCAUCGAUCUGCGAGCCGUUUAUGAGCAUGACUAUCGCAACUACUUGCUUGAAAAGGAGAGCAAAGACCGUAACAAGAUUACUAUUGAGGUUAAGAAGGGUGACGCUGAGUACACCAGAAAGUUCCUAGAUGCAUUCAAAGACCCAAACAAUGCAGAGUACAUGGUGGACGCGGAUCAUCCCGGAUGGCUUGUAUGGGGCAAGUCUUUCUCUGCCUUCCGGGCUAGACCUAUGCCAUUCGACUCGUAUGAUGACGUGGAACGUGGGGUUCGAUCGCAGAUUGGCAAGAUCCUGAACAAAGAUUGGUUCCGCCGUUGUUUUGAAUACCUGAAACAGGAGCCGAGAGACAGUUCAGCAGACAGAUUCCGCAUGAGCAAUGUCUACCUUCUGAUGCACGUCUUCGAUCUUAUGCACUACGAGGGUACUGCUGUGAACUUGGAUGAGAUCAAAGAGCUAUUGGCCGAGGUUUACGGCGACGGCAGCGACAAACACCAGCAUCGUGCUACUUCUGAAAUCAUUGGCGCAUUGCUCGCAGGGUCCAGCGACGACCCGCCGGCCAUUCGCAAUCGAGUUUGGAAGUUUGCUGCGCCCAAGAUUCUGGAGAUCUUCGCCGACGGGCUCACGCCUGACAAUCUGACAUACUGGAUGACGUGCUUGCAUUUCAUUUUAGACUCCAAGGACCCUCGGCGAUCCCAUGAGUUGGUGGAUGCGCUGCGUGGCUUCCGCCUGGACAUGAACUCCAAUGCUGCGUUCAAAGAAUCUGCCAAAAUCCAAUUGGUUGAGUUUGCGAUUGCUGAUGGCGGCUGGCACUUCCGCGAUACACAGCCAAUCCUGGAUAACUUUUUGGCACACCUCGACCACCCGUACAAAGCAGUACGCGAGUCGAUGGGACGUGUCAUUUCGGUCAUUUACAAGUCGAGAUAUCAUGAGUCGUUUGAGAGUGUGAGCAAGCUACUGGAAGAAAACAAGGCAGACUCAUCGAUCGGUAUCCGACCUUAUCAGCCGGAUGAAGAGUUCAGUAUCGUGAUCAAGGAUGUAUUUGCACGACUGGAGAAGUGGAGGCACGAGCGCACGCCAGGACAGCAGACACAGUCUUCGUAUACGGCAGGUAGCAAGACGGUGCUAAUGUGGUUGGACUGCGCCUUGUCAUCGCACGAGUGUACUCAGCUAGUGCCCUUCUUCUCCACGCCGUUUAUGAACGAGCUACUUCACAUGAUGGACGUGAAGGAAGAUCCAGAGCUCAUGCGAACUGCCUACCACGUGUACCGCCAUCUGCCCAAUAUUCCAUUCCGAGAUGGUGAGGAUGCAGACUUUAUUAAAGGUCUGGUUCGCAUAGGGCGCACUGCAACCAGCUGGCACCAGCGCCUUCGAGCUCUUGUAAACAUGCAGGUCAUUUAUUUCCGACGCAUUUUUGUGACGGAGAAGAGCCUGAGGGAUCUCCUGUUCACCACGGUCUCAGAUAUGCUCAGCGACUCGCAGCUAGAAGUGCGAGGCUGCGCAGCUUCCACACUAGCAGGCAUGAUUCGCUGCUCUCCUCGACGUGUGCGGGAUCCAAUCAUUGAGCACCUCAAGAACAGGUUCGAAAAAGAGCUGUCGCAGAACCCCAUGCCGAAGCGGGGACCCAAAGUAGCAGGAACAGACACGCCGGUGGAUGUACAGAAGCAGAUAACUUGGCGUCAUGCAGCCGUGCUUGGACUUGGCGCGCUGAUAGAAGCGUUCCCGUACGCCACACCGCCACCCAAGUGGAUGCCCGAGGUUCUGGCUCUCCUAGCCCGUCGCGCCGCAGGCGACCCUGGAGUGGUAGGCAAAGCAGCUAAGGGAGUACUGAGCGAGUUUAAAAAGACUCGACAAGACAGCUGGACUGUGGACCAGAAGUACUUUACACCUGAGCAACUGGAAGACUUGGAGGGUGUUUUGUGGAAGAGCUACUUUGCUUAG